CGAUCUCUCUACUCAACUCCUUGGCCAAUAUGAUGACCACUCGUGCUAUCGGUCUGAGACCUGCACUCAGAAAUGCGUCUUUUGCGCCCAAAGCUGUUCGCAACCAGCUUGUGAUGCGCGUGCGUGCAGCUGCACCCCGCCGUGCCGUACAGACGAAAUCGCUCCCGCCUUCGGCCGCCGACGCCAUCCUCAACGAGCAGCGCCUCCGACGCCCCUCUAGCCCUCACUUCACGAUCUACCAGCCUCAGUUGACAUGGAUUGGUUCGAUUGCCAACCGUAUGACCGGUGCAGCCCUCAGCGUCUUACUCUAUGGCUUCUCCCUCGCCUACCUCGUGGCUCCUUCCACCUUCAGCAGCGCCAACGUCGUUGAGACCGUCGCGGCCCUUCCCGAUGCUGUCAAGUACGCCGGCAAGGCCAUUCUUGCUGCUCCUUUCGCCUUCCACAGUUGGAACGGCCUCCGCCACCUGAGCUGGGACAUCGGAAAGUUCCUGACCCUGAAAGGCGCUUACCGCUCGGGUUACGCGGUUCUCGGCGCGACUGCCGUUUCCACCAUCGCCCUCGUCCUCAUGUAAUCGUACAAAUGCAAAAUCCAUUCGUCGUUGGC